AUGCCUAAAGUCCAGAUCCAACACACAGUCGAGCGCCUCGACAAGCCAUCCUCCUACGCGCUCAGCAAGUACAAGAAACAGCGCCGCCGCGACGAACCCCCCGCCGACCCCGCGCGCCCACCCUCCCCCACCCCCGAAGACCGCCUCGCAAAUGCCUCCACCCUCUACAUAGGCAACCUCUCCUUCUACACAACCGAAGACCAAAUCCACGAACUCUUCUCCAAAACCGGCGCUUUGCGGCGAAUCGUAAUGGGGCUCGACCGCUUCACCAAAACCCCCUGCGGCUUCUGCUUCGUCGAGUACUACACGCCGCAAGAAGCCAGAGACGCACUGUCGUAUAUCUCCGGGACCAAGCUGGAUGAGCGGAUUAUAAGGGCGGAUAUUGAUGAGGGGUUUACGGAGGGGAGGCAGUAUGGACGGGGGAAGAGCGGGGGGCAGGUGAGGGAUGAGUAUAGGGAAGAAUUUGAUCCAGGACGAGGCGGGUACGGGGGCAGGAGAGGAGGGGACGAAGGGUAUGCUGGGGAGUUCAACGAGGGGUUGUGA